GAGCGGCGCUAGGGCCCGGAAGCGGCUGAUGCCAGCGGCUCGGGCCCCGGUCUCGGCUGGGCCAUGGCCCCGCGGCCUAAGGCCUUCAAGAUCCGCAGCCUGCGCGGCCCCCAGAAGUACGGGGUCGCGGGGAGGAGCCUGCCGGAGCUGCUGCGCAAGGGGGGCAAGCUGCUGCAGCUUUCUGUUCCUGACUGCCGGCUCUGUUUGUAUGAGGAUGGGACCGAACUGACUGAAGGUUACUUCCACGGUAUUCCAGAUAAUACGGACCUUGUACUACUAGCCCCAGGGGAGACCUGGCAGGGUUGUAAGUGGGAAAAAUUUAUCAACUACAUAAGUUUGCCUAGCACUAGUUUAAUUUUUUCUUCAUUUAAAACUACAGUUGUCAGUGACAUAGAUCACUUCCUAAAUACAUUUUACACACAAAAAGAUGAUAUUGUUGAGGCUGCACAAAAGCUGCUAUCAGAUGAGCAGGCUCCCAAGAGACAGAAGCUUCUAGUGGAUCUCAUUCAAAACCUAAGUGAAAACAUUUUGGCAGAAAGCAGAGAGGAAGACAGAAAGUGGUUUGAAGGUAUAGAGUCUCGCUUUAAGAAUAAAUCAAGUUAUAUGAGAUACAGUUGUGAAAGCAGAAUACGAAGUUAUAUGAAAGAGGUUAGCAGUUAUACUUCAGCUGUUCAUCCAGCAGCACAAGCAGAAUAUAAAAGAAUAACUGACUUUAUGUUGGAUAAACUGAAGUCUGUUAAAUAUAAUGGCUGUUACUUUGACAGAAGAGAGGAGGAGGCGGUCCGCCUCUGCACUACUGAGGGAUGGUUCUCCUGUCAAGGUCCUUUUGACAGGGAUUACUGCCUGUGUAAACAUUCCAUCAAUCCCUACAGUAACAGAGAGAGCAGAAUCCUCUUCAGUACGUGGAAUCUCGAUCAUAUCAUAGAGAAGAAACGUACUAUUGUCCCGACACUGGCAGAAGCUGUCAAAGAACAAGAUGGAAGGGAAGUGGCCUGGGAAUACUUCUAUCAGUUGCUGUUUACUCUGGAAAAUUUAAAACUAGUGCAUAUUGCUUGCCAUAAGAAAACCAGCCAUAAUCUUACCUGUGACAAAACUAAAAUAUACAGAAAAAGAAAGUGUAUGCGGAAGGUCUCAAAGUGACUUCCCUGAAGGUGGCUCUUUGCAGUAGUUUUCUAAACUAUUUGAAAGGACACCAUUUUUAAUAUUUCUGAAAUUCUUAGUGAAAGAUCAUAGAUUCUCUUCUUGCUAAAUUCCCUAAUAUAGAUGUGUCUGCAAUCAAACCUAGUUCAAACAUUUGUCAUUCCAUCUUUCACUUGGUUCGUGAGGCCCCAGCUCAUUAUCCAAGCAACCUGCAUAGUUUAUAGAAUGUGAAAUGUAGUUUAUAUAACAGACCUUUUAUACCAAGUGUCCUGGCCCUUUAGCCAUAGGUACAACCUAGGCAGUUGAAGUCUCUCCCAAACCCAAUCAUAUUGGCUUUUUUGUCUCACAUGAAGUCAGACCAGGGUGCUGCCUGGAAAUAAAGUUCAGUCUCUAUAACUGAGUUAAUCCUGGCCAGUUUUGUAGGCGUGCCAAAAAUGGGAAAAGUUGUACUAACGUGGACACCACUAAAUGACUUUGAGGGAGAUUUUCAAAGGCUGCCUAAGGAAGUUAGCAGCAGAGAUCCCCUUAAAAUUCAUUGAGGUCUGUUAAACAUUUAGACAUUUUAGAAAAUUUCCCCCUCAACUGACCACAAACUGCCAGAUGGGUAAAGACUUAACAUGUUCAGAACUAGAUCUGAUUGAGAGAUGAAAGGCUUAGUAUCCCAUUACCAAUCCAGGCUUUGAUCUCUUUCUUACAUUAGAAAUGCAGGUCCAAGCAGCAAGCUCCAGCAACGUUGAGCUAUUUCUGCAAAUCAUUAAUUUCCAAGCGCUCUGGAACAACAAUGCACUUAGCUAUUGCUUUCAACAUUAAGUCUGUAAGAUAGUUAAGUUGUUUUACAGAGCUUACAGCUGGGCAAACAAUCCCUGUGCCUUAGAUUUACCAAAGGCCACCACACACUCAGUGGCAGAGCUACUCCCAGUCCUGUGUCCCAGGGAUCUCUGCUCUAAUCUACUAAUGACUCCCAUUUUUAACCUUUACUAUUAUUUUACGUACAUAUUUUCUAAAGAAACUUUAUCAGUGGUGCUCGAUUCUGUCUUUUUUUUUUAUUGAUGUUCCCCUUUUAUUUUUUUAAAUACCAUCUUUCAACUUCCUUGGCUGCUUGACUUUUCUUGCAGUGUUGUACAGUUCUACCUAUGAAGGAUAUUAUAGGAAAAGGUAUUGUAUGUUCAAUAUCUUUGAUAAUUGUCUGUUCAGCUGUGUUCCCCUCUACCUCUUAAUUAUGUAGUAAAAUGUGAAUGAUUUUUUUUUUUUUUUUAAAAGGCCAUCUAAAAUCAACUGAAUUCUCAGGAACUAUGUAAAUGUAAAACUUCAAUAUAUUUUUAUAUAUUUGUUUAAUAAAGAUCUUUCAGGCA